GUCUAUAAAUAGGGCCACCCCAUCAGCUUUCCCCCCGUUUCUUUCAUCUCUCCAUCGCUCAUCGCUCUACCCACAACAACCUUUUUUUUUCUACUUUGACCCACUAUGCAAAUCUUUGUGAAGACUCUUACGGGAAAGACUAUCACCCUUGAGGUUGAAUCGUCUGACACCAUCGAGAAUGUCAAGGCCAAGAUUCAAGACAAGGAAGGAAUUCCCCCGGACCAGCAACGUUUGAUUUUCGCCGGCAAGCAACUCGAGGACGGCCGCACCCUCUCUGACUACAACAUUCAAAAGGAGUCCACCCUCCAUCUCGUCCUCCGUCUUCGUGGUGGUAUGCAAAUCUUUGUCAAGACUCUCACUGGCAAGACUAUCACUUUGGAAGUCGAAUCCUCUGACACCAUUGAGAACGUCAAGGCCAAGAUUCAAGACAAGGAGGGCAUUCCCCCAGACCAGCAACGUCUCAUUUUCGCCGGAAAGCAGCUUGAGGACGGACGCACCCUUUCGGACUACAACAUCCAAAAAGAGUCGACCCUUCACCUUGUCCUCCGUCUUCGUGGUGGUAUGCAAAUCUUUGUCAAGACUCUCACCGGCAAAACAAUCACUUUGGAAGUCGAAUCGUCUGACACGAUCGAGAACGUCAAGGCCAAGAUUCAAGACAAGGAGGGUAUCCCCCCAGACCAGCAACGUUUGAUUUUCGCCGGCAAGCAACUCGAGGACGGCCGCACCUUGUCCGACUACAACAUCCAAAAAGAAUCGACCCUUCACCUUGUCCUUCGUCUUCGUGGUGGUAUGCAAAUUUUCGUCAAGACUCUUACUGGCAAAACAAUCACACUCGAAGUCGAGUCCUCUGACACCAUUGAGAACGUGAAGGCGAAGAUCCAGGACAAGGAGGGCAUUCCCCCAGACCAGCAACGGCUCAUUUUCGCUGGAAAGCAAUUGGAAGAUGGCCGUACCUUGUCUGACUACAACAUUCAGAAGGAGUCGACGCUUCAUCUCGUGCUCCGCCUCCGUGGUGGUAUGCAAAUCUUUGUCAAGACCCUUACCGGCAAGACCAUUACGCUCGAAGUCGAGUCAUCGGAUACCAUUGAGAAUGUAAAGGCCAAAAUUCAGGACAAGGAGGGUAUCCCCCCGGACCAGCAGCGUUUGAUCUUUGCUGGUAAGCAGUUGGAAGACGGCAGGACUUUGUCCGACUACAACAUUCAGAAGGAGAGCACCCUCCAUCUUGUGCUUCGUCUUCGUGGUGGAAACUAAAUGUAGCUGCUGAAGUUUGAAUCUUGUAAAGAAAACAAUAUUGCUGAAAGAUUAUUGAUGUGAAUAUAUUUUGCAUUGCCUUUUGCUUGUUA